AUGCCACCGGUGGCACCUUCCGCUUACUCGCCUCCCGUUCAGCACCAAGUCGAGCUGGUCUACCACCAGGCCAAAGCCGCCGAGGCUGCAAAGUUGAUGGCCGCACGCGCCCACGCCCACACGCCUCCCACGAGCGGCUCCGACCAGUUGCAUGUGCUCAAGAAGCGUCGCAUCUCAAACGCCCUCAGCGGCCCGUUCGACAAGCCACCUUCCCGCUCCGCGUCUGCGCCUAACGCAGCUGGCGUCGCUGUUGAUCAUCACGGCAUCCCGAAGACCCCGCCGAACCGCAGCGUCCAGCCUCAGACUACGACCCCCACGCCGCCCGCCUACACAUUUGACGACGACGACAUUUUCUUCCCGAAUGCCGACAAGCCUCUUGUGAAGAGCGGUCGUGGCAAGAAGAAGGCCCCGUGA